CUAAUUAUUAUCUAUCUCUUUCUCUCUGGUUCCGCCAUGGAUCUUCUUCUUCGAAGCUCUAUUUUUCUUUUGAUUAUUAUGUUUUUGUCUCCAAAAACACUAUCAAUGAGGUACGAAAUUCAUUCUGGGCAGAUGAAAUGCAUAUCUGAGGAUAUUCACCCAAAAUCCAUGACCGUCGGCAAAUACUUCAUCGUAAACCCUAACGAUGAUCAUCAUCCUCUCCCUGCUUCUCACAAAAUCAUCGUCAAUGUGAUGUCGCCACAAGGUACGAUGCUGCACGAAGCCGAAAAUGUGGAGUCUGGUCAGUUCUCGUUUACUGCAUCUGAGACCGGUACUUACUUGGCGUGCAUCACCGCCGUCAAUCAUAAGCCGGAGACAACGUUGACCAUUGAUUUCGAUUGGAGGUCUGGUGUUCACUUCAAAGAUUGGUCGAAUGUGGUGAAGAAGAGCCAAGUCGAAAUGAUGGAGUCGUCGGUUAAGAGCUUAUUAGACACUAUUGUUUCCAUCCACGAGGAGAUGUAUUUUCUUCACGAAAGGGGAGAAGAGAUGCAUGAACUGACCAGAUCCACAAACUCGAAGAUGGCGUUGUUGAGUUUCUUGUCACUCGGGGUUUGUUUAUCGGUGGCUGGCUUUCAGUUUUGGCACUUGAAAACUUUCUUCGAGAAAAGGAAACUCAUCUAAGUAGUACGUACUCCUAAUGUGUUAAGACUAAGUACCAUUAUAACGAAGCUAUAGCUUUUGAAGUUGAGUAUACAACUGAAAACUAACUG